AUGCUUCUCAAUUUUUGGAAAUUAUUCCUAGCACUCAGUUCUAUCCUGCCUGCUACGUUGGCAUUCACAUUCGUGAACCCGGCUAGUUCUGGAGGCCAAACGAGCUUCACGAAGAACUUAGUCUACCAGGAGAACUCAGCUUUCAGGGUCGAGUGGACUAUAGGCGAGACAGAUCAAGAUGCGACAGUCGCUUUAUUUCAGAUCGAUUUGAGAACAAGUCUGCCAACCGAUGAGGUUCCAGAGACGUUAGGCGACAUGGAGUAUGUCGCAGAGGGGCAGGCCUUCAACAGAAACACGCGCAAUUGGAUAGUGACGACGCAAAAGGAUCUUUCCGUCUCGCCCGUGUUCAUGAUGAUGCUCUUCGUCACAGGAGCGACAACUUCAAGCGACCGCACGGUGUACUUCAAUAUUUCGUCGGCCGAUUCGACUACAAGCAGUGUCUCUACCAGUGCCUUGACCGCUGCCUCGGGCAGCGCGACCAACGCGGCAUCGAUACCAAUCUCCUCGUCCAGUCCCGGUCCUGCGACAACCGUACCUGCAUCGGGCCUGCCAUCGACCUCAUCCACAUCAUCCGAGAGCUCCUCCGCGUUGCCUUCGUCGGCAAAAAUAGGACUCGGCGUCGGUAUUCCUGCCGCUGCCAUAAUAGGCGUUGGGUUGUGCUGGUUGGCCUUCCGCCGUGGCAAGGCUCAGGGGAACCAACAGAGUGCCGCAGUGCCUCCACUGGAAGACAGGCCCAUGGGUUUCGCCGCAUACUCGACCGACACACCCAAGCCUGCUUCUAGUGUUGUUACAUACGUGCCGACACAGGAUAAAUCGGCAUAUGUGCCUCCUUCGAAUGCACCUGCAUAUGGGCCUGUUCCCAAUGCACCUGUGUGUUAUAGGCCUGUGUCCGCUUCACCCGUGUACGAGGCAAACAACGAGCCGCCUCCUCCCAGCGAGCUGUAUGCACCUCACAAUACGCAUCGCUAG